AUGCAAGAAAUUGACUUGUUAAGGUUACAUAGAGAAACCCUGAAGUAUUUGGAAAUCGAGAGUAUCUUUAAGCGAUUGACACAAACUUUUAUUAAUAAAAUUUACAAUCUUAUUAGAGAUAUCUUUGCAGAGGAGCAUAAAUUCACCAUAUAAGAAUUACUCAAAAUGGCCAACCAAAAAGAAAUUCCUCUCAAAGAAUUCAAAUUGGUCGAGCAUUACAAGCUUAAUUCACAAAUAUUCAAGACCAAUUUAUAAACUAUUUGUUCUAUAGUUAUAGAUGAUCUCUAAAACACAUUCAAUAAAUAAAUUAUUAUUGAAGAAAGAUCUAUUCUGGAGCCCAAACUACUCACUUAAAUUGAUGAAGAAUCCCAAAUCUGCUUUACUGAAAAUUAUAAUGAAAUAUCCCAAGAGUACUCGAAAACACACAGAGAUGAUAUUAAAACAGAGGAAGCUCCAUUAGUGAAUCAAGAAUCUAAAUAAGUCUAGAAAGUUCCAUUGGCUAAAUUAUUGUCAUUUGACAAGAUUACUAGUUUAUCAGUAGCCAAUUCCCCAAGGCAUUCUAGAGAAAAUAGUUUAACUACCCACACCUUUAGAUAAUCUAACAAGCCAAUAUAGCAAUUGAUGUUAAAUUCUAACAAUGGAUCAAAAAAAUAGACAGUGACACAAUUAGCCAAAAAUAAAAGUUUAGAAUUAAAGUCCAUUGCUGAAACCUUGAUAGCUUAAAGUAAGAUCAGUCCAAAAGGAAAUCAAACGAUUAUUUUUAACAAUUUGAUGUCAAAAAUGAAUAAUCUGAAGGAAAAUACAUUAAAACCAUGA